GUAGUUCAUGUUUAGUGUUUCUCUUCUAAACCUCAAAUGCACUGUUUUUACAAUCAGAUAACACUCGGCAAUGAUUGAAACUGAGAAAUAAAAAACAGAAUCAACACCAAUAAGAACCAGCCGAGAGAAACGCAUGAGAUCUCUGGGAUGAUUUGAAAGGAGAACUUGUGAGACAACAGAGAGCAGGAGGACAAGACGAGACUUGAUGUAUGGGCGGAUCUUUGCUGUGGAUCUCCUCUUUGCUCUCAUUGACUCUCAUUGAGUUUCAGGAAACACACCUGCAGUUGAGCUGUGAUACUUUUAUAUGUUUUUCAUUUGAAUCCUGACUGCAGAUCAGAGGGAUGACGCCUAUAAAGGGAAUAUUUGGGAUGUGUUUGCUGCUUCUCUGUGGAGAAUAUGUGAGCUCGGCCAUGACUGUAGACAUCCCACAGAAAGUAUAUAAGGUUGCCCAGGGGGAUAACGCAACCAUACCCUGCAAAUUCACACCUCAAGUGGGCGAUGUGACCCUCAUUGUGAAAUGGUCGGCACAUCCAGAUGUGCAGGAUGACCGUGAGAUUCCCAUCGCCUCAUAUCUCUACACAGCAAAUCUAAAACCACCAACCAUAUCCAAGAAUUAUAAAGGCAAGGCGACUCUGCAACACGAUAUCCCACAAGGAGUAGCAAACCUACAGCUCCGAGGCGUCAUCAGCACCGACACGCGGACUUACGAGUGCAAUGUCGAGAUUGUAGGCGAUGAGGACGGCAGUCAGUCUGACACGGCUAAUCUUGUGGUUUUGGUGGCUCCAUCGACGCCCAUCUGCAAGAUUGUUGGAGUAGCAGAAUACGGUCAGAACAUCAAUCUCACGUGUUUCUCUGAAUAGGGCACGCCCAAACCCAUCUACAAAUGGCAGAGCCAUGAUGUCAACAACCUCCCUCGAGCAAACCCACCCAAGACCACUGACCAGAACGGGAUUUUAUCACUCUACAACAUUUCUAAAGACACGUCUGGUUUCUACAUCUGCACGUCGACCAAUGAAAUCAGAUCAGCAAAGUGUUACCUCACCCUGGCCGUCAUGCAACCAUCCAUGAAUAUGGCCUCCACGUUUGGGAUACUCGGCGCCGUUGCUGCUGCCGUCAUCAUCUUGGGAGUCAUCAUCUUUUUCUGCUGCUGUCGGAAAAAGAACAAACCUGAAGAAUACGCCAUGGGAACUCCUGAAGGAGACGAGUACACGGACAGAGAUCCUAAAGCUAGAGCAGAUAGUCCGACCGAACACGUCAAGUACGAGGAAGAACCUCGUGUUCAAAAUGCGGACAGACGCGAUCCACAAGACAACCGCAGCGAGAGGAGCAACGAUCGCCGUAGCGAUUACGAUGACAGGAGAGAUCAGUACUCCGACAGACGAGAUGACGACAGUGACCGCCGGGAGAGGUACGAAAGAGAUGACCGUUACGAUGAUCGUUACGAUGAUCGUCGAGAUCGUUAUGAAGAUCGAAGCGAUCGCAAUGACGACCGGCGAGAUCGCUACGAUGAUCGGCAUGACCGCCGCGACGAUCGUCGGGAUCAAUACGAUAGUGAUCGCUAUUCCGAUCGAUACGACAGUCGCGAUAGACCUCCAAGCGUCCCACCAAACAAACCCAGAGACCAAAGGAAUUGAGUUUAGCUGGAACCUCACCGAAUCAUUGCCAAAAAACACAUUCAGCUCUUGUGAAAAAUGGACAAAGAACUUGUAUUUUUGCUUAAAUAUAACAUUUUGGAUAUUAAAAAUCUACCAAAUAACAAACCACAUGACACACACGCAAAAGCAAGCCUCUGUGUACUAACAUUCUUGUACUGAAGCAAUGAUGUGUGUGUUGCAAACAAUUAUCUCCGGUCGUAUUGCUUAUUUACAGUUUUAAUUGACAGAUUCUGUGUUGCAUCUUUCAUUUAGGUCUAGUGGAUUUGAUUUGUCUUGAGCUUAUUUCUUCUAUCAUUUUAAUAUUUGUUUGUAUGAAUAUGUAGAGCACAGUGCCAUAUACGUAUAGGUACAAGAUUUGAGUUGAUUUCUUCAGUCUUACUUUAAACCUCUAUUUUGGGUUAAAAGUAAUCAAGCAUCAUAUCAAAUUUACUGCAAGCUUUUCUCUGUAAUUUAUCAUAAUGACUGAAUGAAAUCAAUGAAAGGUUUUAUUUUUAAUUGGAGUACAGUGUGCGGUUCUUAAUGCUCUUUUAUCCGUGUAGGCUAUGUGAAAGUGACUGUAUUGCUCUGUGCAUGUGAACAUACAGUAACUGUACUGAUCUUUUUGUUUUUAUGUUUCAUGUUUUUUCAAUUGAUUGAUGUAUGCAUUUUAUUUUGCUAUUGUUUGUAAUUUUGUGUUUUUUUUUAAACAUUAUACAACUGCCAAUAAAUGGAUGUUGCAGAA